AUGGAGAUCUGUCAUAAUGUGCAACUACCUGAAAUUUGUGGUGGAGAAGAUGCCUUGAUAUGGACAGAGAACUUAAAAGGUAAAUUUUCUGUGACUGAUGCUUUUAAAAAUAUUAGACAUAAGGAGCAAGAACCUAAAUCUCUUGAUGAUAUCUGGAGAAGUGCUUCAAAAUGUAGCUCUCUAAUAAAACAGGUAUGGAUAACUGCUGCAUGCACCAUUAUUAAGGAAUUAUGGUUCCAAAAGAACAAGAAAUUCUUUGAAAAUAUCAAGCCAAAUGCUCAGGCCUUCAAAUGUAGAAUUUUAAAAUUAGUCCAUGAAGGAGGUUUGAGAAUUACUGGGACCAAAUGGAAUCAAGCUUAUGAUAAUGAAAUAAUAGCAAGAUUUGAUUUGGGAACUAGAUUUUCCAAAUUUCAGCUCAUUAAAAGUUGUCAAUGGAGUCCACCUGAAAUUGGAUUUGUUAUGUUCUGUUGUGAUGGAUCUUCUUUUGGAAAUCCUGGUGCUGCAGGAUUUGGAGUAGUGGUAAGAACUUCAGAUUGUCAGGUGGCUGCAACCUUAUCUGGAGGUAUUGGGAUUGCUUCCAAUUAUUUGGCAGAAUCCUAUGGAGUUAUAUGUGCAAUGGAAUUGGCAGAUCAAUGGAACAUGAAGAAGAUUAUAAUUGUGUCAGACUUAAAAACAGUAAUUGCAUAA